AUGGCAUGUGUGGGCUGCCCGCGCUUUGUGUCCCUUUCCAGUGGAGUCUGCGGGAGACGUCCCUUGGCGCCCAGCCAUGGUGGCUCAGUUCGGAUUAUCGGAGGCACGCAGGCUCUCCCCGGGACAUGGCCCUGGCUUGUCAGCAUCCAGGUCCCAUCCAGCCAGGGCUACAGGCACACCUGCGGAGGCUCCCUCAUCAGCUCUCGCUGGGUCCUCACUGCAGCGCAUUGCUUCUUAGACAGAAGGUUUCUCGAUCAAUGGAAGCUGGUGAUGGGAGCCAACCAGCUUUCUGACCCUGGCCCCAACGCCCAGGCGCGCACCAUCAAGGACCUGAUCGUACACCCGCAGUAUAUCCAACGGAUAAACCUCAACGACAUCGCCUUGAUGGAGAUGAGCGCGCCGUUCAACUGCAGCGACUACAUCCAGCCGGCCUGCUUGCCUGACAUGGACGUGGAUGUGAUGUCUCUGACGCAUUGCUAUGUCAGCGGCUGGGGAGUAACAGAUGUGUCAAAGCCAGGCGUGACCUCGGACGUCCUGCAAGAGGCCAAAGUCAACCUCAUCCCUUCCCACAUCUGCAACAGCACUGGCUGGUACAAUAAGCGCAUCCACCUCAACAACAUCUGCGCUGGGCACGAGCAAGGAGGCAUCGACAGCUGCCAGGGUGACAGCGGAGGCCCCCUCAUGUGCCGGGAAAUGAGGUCCGAGCGCUUCUGGGUCAUCGGAGUCACCAGCUGGGGGACGGGCUGUGCCAAGGCACAGAAGCCGGGCAUCUACACGUCCACACAGCACUUCCUUGACUGGAUAAAGUGGUCAACCAAGGAGGACUUCUUCCAGGGCGGCUUUGUGGGGAAACCUACAACGAUGGUCCCGCCCCCACCCCCGACACAGAGCUCAACGUCCCAGGUGUGGUGGCCCACGGGCCCCUACAUCCAAAUGCCGCUUGAGACCUUUGCCAACCCUUGGAAGAAAACCACCAGGCAGCGGCCUGCGUCCCCCAAUGAAAUCCAGCAGUUUGAGAACUGGGCUUACACCCAGCCGGUCGUGACAACCCCCCCUCCCCUUUGGCAGCAACCGCCAGCCGAGACUGAGCCCCCCCUGCAGCCCGUGCAAACCCAGCCGCCCUGGGGGGCCUACGGCUGGACCCAGACGUGGACCGUGGCUCCGACCCGGCCAGCGUGGAAUAUGUGGGUGCUGACUAGGCCGCCCCCCAGAACCUACCCACCAUACACUGUGCAGGAAUACCCUUCGUGGAACAUACAGGUGACUAAGCCUCCCCCAGGACCAGGCUCACUCAGAAGUGGACCUUUGGUAAGCCUUCUUGGGUGGGCACUUACUACUGGAACAUUAGGAAGAACAGGCCAGUCAAGUAGCCGGACAGUCCAUCCCGGCCCCUGGCCACUCAGCUGCCCUGCCCUCCCUGCCCUGCCCUUUUCAAACUAACCCUGUACAAGCUGCUGCAGCCGUCAGCACCAGUCCCCUUCCCUUACUGCACAUGAAAUCAGACCUCGCAAGCCGUCUCCCAGGGACAAAAUUGUUAUCUUUUAAGUACAUAGAGAUACAGACACACACACACACAUAUAUGCGCUUUUUUGGCAAGCCACAGAAAUUGCUGGAGGGAUGGGGCAGGAAACAGGCAAGAUUUGCAUGUAGGGGCAAAGCUCGCUUCUGAGAUCAAUCUGCUCCAGAGGACCCAACACUGCUGCCUGGACUCUGCCCCCCUGGGGCUCACUAGAGGGGCAAGGGGUUCCCAAAUGCACCCCAGACAUUUCAGUGCCCUUGUGCAUCCACACGGAAGCCUUCGUGGGAAG